CAUCGCUGGGGGGCGGGACGUCCUGGGAGCAGCCGGGCCUGCAGUGCGCAGAGGACGCAGCGGGGCCAUGUACCGGCUUCUUAUCCCGAGCCUGGGCGGACGCCUCCUGCGGGCUGCGGGGCGGUGCUGCUGGGUCAGCUCGGCGCCCUGGAUUCCGGGGCCCCAAGGAAGCCGCGCGUCGGAGGUGAAAGCGCAGCCCAUCCGAGUCCCGCCGCCGGGCCGUGGCCCGGGGCUGCUGCCACUACUAGCAGCGCUCGCCUGGUUCUCGAGACCCGCGGACACUGGAGAGGAGCAGCAGCAGGCCGAGGAUGCGGCGGACGAGACGGAGGCUCAGAUCAUCCAGCUGCUGAAGCGUGCCAAAUUGAGCAUCAUGAAAGAUGAGCCAGAAGAAGCUGAGCUGAUUUUGCAUGAUGCUCUUCAUCUUGCCUAUCAGAGUGAUAACAAGAAGGCCAUCAUUUAUACUUAUGAUUUGAUGGCCAACUUAGCAUUUAUACGAGGCCAGCUUGAAAAUGCGGAAAAACUUUUUAAAGCAACAAUGAGUUACCUGCUUGGAGGGGGCAUGCAGCAGGGGGAAAGCAUCACAAGUAGUGAAGAAGGACUGCAAGAAGACAAUGCAAUAAUUGAAAUCUCUCUAAAGCUGGCCAGCAUCUAUGCUGCUCAGAAUAGGCAUGAAUUUGCUCUUGCUGGGUAUGAAUUCUGCAUUUCAACUCUAGAGGAAAAAAUUGAAAGAGAAAAGGAAUUAACAGAAGACAUUUUGACAGUAGAAGAGAAAGUGAAUACUUACCUCCUCCUUGGUAUGUGCUUAGAUGCCUAUGCUCGAUACCUUCUGUUCUCCAAGCAGCCAUCACAGGCACAGAGAAUGUAUGAAAAGGCUUUGCAGAUUUCUGAAGAAAUGCUAGGAGAUAGACACCCACAGACAAUUGUUCUACUGAGUGACCUGGCCACCACCCUGGACGCACAGGGCCUUUUUGAUGAGGCCUUUGUUUAUGUGCAAAAGGCAUCAGAUCUGGCAAGACAGAUAGAACAUCCUGAGCUACACAUGCUGCUCCGCAACCUAGCAGCAAUUCUGAUGCACAGAGAACGAUAUGCACAAGCAAAAGAGAUCUACCAGGAAGCACUGAAGCAAGCAGAGCUGAAAAGAGAUGAGGUUUCUAUACAACACAUCAGGGAAGAGUUGGCUGAGCUGUCAAGAAAAAGCACUCUGAUUUAACUUUGUCAAGCCAUAAAUCCCUUUUUAUCAGUGAAUUUCCAGUAACCACUAUUAGUCCAGUCUCAAUGACAUCCAAAUCAAUGGUUAUAUCAUGUGCCCUUGAUAUUCAAGUUUCCAUUUAUUAUUCUGCCUCAAUAUAUAUAAAUGCAAGAUGUGCAGAUAGAUGUUCUUACCUUAGUAGUCUUGUGGAGAAUCAUUUGCCUAAGGGAAUGGCAAUUUUUAUUUAUUUUUUUGCCACCAGAGCUGUUGCUGAGGCUUGGUGCCAGCACUACAAAUCCACUGCUCCUGGUGGCUAUUUUUCCAUUUAUUUUCUUCUAUUUAAUUUGAUAGGACAGAGAAAUAUUGAGAGGAGUGAAGAUAGAGAUGGAGAUAUACACCUGCAGAUGUGCUUCACUCUUCGUGAAGCAUCUACCCUGCAGUUGGGGAACAGGGACUUGACCUCAGGUCCUGUGCAUGGUAAUACAUUGCUUAACUGGAUGUGACACCACCUGCCCCCAGGAAUAGAAAAUUUUUUUUAGUUAACACAAAGGAACACUAUUUUUAUUAUUAUUGAUAUAUAUUUGGAAAGGGAUGUAAGUGGGACUGAUUCUCUUUCCUAUAUACAUACAUAUAUCUUUGGUGAAGGAAACUCUGUAUACACUGCCACUUUUCUUUUAAAGAAAACAAACGUUUUGACUUGUAAGAAUGAGUGCCAAAUGAUGCUUUUCAGUUAUAAAAUAUGGUUAGGUGCUGUCUGUGCUGGUCUAAGUGUAGUUAUUGAUUAAGAUGGUGUGGUGCCUAUGUCAGGCAUCUCAAUUGUGAGAUACUUUCUUGUCCACUGAUUUGCUGCCCUUCUUAUUUUUUCAAUAUCUGGCAGACCAGAGUACCUGUCUCAUGAAUAAAGGGGAUUACGGUGAGUCACUUUUUUAAUUAUUUCACAAAGCCAGUUUGGAAUUUAACAUAAAGGAGAAAAAUAUCCUAGUUUGCUGUCAGCACCCAAUAUGAAGCCUUACUGUAGGAAUUAUGCACUUGAGUCUGAUACCAUUUGAUUAUAAAUAAAAGUGAAUUGUA